GUACGUGAUCGAACAGGCAAAAAGAAGUUCAGUUUUCUAGUUUUUCUUGGCAAAAGUUUGGAAACUCCUAAACUCUAUUUUUUGUUUCCGACAUACAAACCCUGUAUAAGAAAUAUUGGUUCCUAGUUUUGCAAACUGGAAAGAUGAUAAAGAAGGCUAGGAGAUCGGUGUAUAACACUACAGUAUAAAAUGAAAGUGUCAAUAUAUGUGAGUUAAUAAAACUAAUCACGAAUCAUAUCAUUGGACUUAAACCAUACAACUUACACUUCCAUACAUGACUCAGACUUAGGGUUGAUGGUUUUUUAAAGUGUUGCAGUUACUUUGUCCGGUUAUCUAUUGCCUUAUCCCAAUCCACUUUUGUGCUAUAGUGCAUAAUAAGUCAAGAUGAGCGGUAAGUGGAAAAAACGACACAUCCUAAGACCGCUUGAAAUGACGUCAGUCAUUAACGACUAAUGUAUUACUUAUUAGUAUUCUAUACCUAAUAUCAGUAUUGCUCACUGGAAUGUAAUCGAUUAGGUAACUCUCUGGAAUAUAUCUUCUGUUUAGCGAUUAUUUAUUGUCAUGAAUAAAGACGUAACUUGCUGAGUAGUACACUCGUCUUUUAAUUAACGUUCGCGUUAUUAUACGUACCAUACGUGAAAAAGUAGUGUUAGUUGCUUUCUAUGGUAGUAUGCAAUAGUAAGGCCGAAAGAAUUUCGACUUUAAGAAAUUUUGUCAUUCCACAUAGGCUUAAAAGCCACAUUGCUGACUUUUUAGUGAGGUAUUUGUCCACAGAUGCUUUAGACUAAAAGUGGGAAACCAAGAUGACUAGGUACUUUUCUAAAGGUGAGCCUGCAUGGAAUAAAGAAAACUAGUGGGAACCAAAAUAAAGGACUUAUGGUGGCCCGAAAGUCAUUUUGAUCUAUCUUAACAAUCUUAGGUUCCCGGCCAUCAUUCUAAUAUGAUCAGUCUGAGAAAAAGAGUGUAGUACGUACUUCCAGCGACAUCACUAACCUGUGGGAAAACAAUAUCUUGGAUCUGUGGUCAGUUAUAUAAUAUUACAAGUUAUUCAGUAUAGAUUAAAACUUGCCAUCAAAUGUACCACAUAUAUCACUUGCCGUUCAUGUCAUUACAACCGUCUAACCAGUGAUCUAUGCAUAAAUCAUCCUCGUAUAACUUAGAUUCAAAAUAAAAUGUAUUUCUGCUAAAUGAUGUUUGCAUAAAGAAUCUUGCAGAUAUAUUUCCAACUUUCUCUAUACUGUAGUUACAAUAAAAUACUUUCAUCAUUAUCACAGCAAAUCCGGUAUUUGGAUUUCUCAGGGAAGUCUUAAAACUGUUCACGUUUGAAUGAUUAGUUCUUAAUUUAAUUUGUGCUUUGUAAUUUGUCAAACUUCAGUGGGCUUCAUUAUAUACACUUAGCUGUAGUUACUUUAGGAUACCAAUAACUACUGAAAUCUUUAAAUAUAUUAUCCCUUUGUUACUGGUUUGCAGUGCUAUGUAUGCCGACGAGUUAAGCAAUUCUGUGCAAUCCAUUGAUCUCCAAGACAUUACUCAACUGAACAAAGAAAAUCCUGAAGUAACCACGAACUCAGAAGACUCAGAGGAAACAUCUAUUCAGAAGUCAAUAAAAACUGAAGCGCAACCUAUCCUGCCCCCAGGAUACCAAAUAUCACACUGUCUUGCAGAAGGUGGAAUUGGACGAGUAUAUUUAAUUGUCAAUCCUGAUACUAAAGAUUGUUUAGCAGCAAAAGUAGUCAACGUAUAUGGUCAAAGCAAGCUUCGUAGUAAUACAAAAGCUGAAGUUAAUGUAUCACAAGUUAGGGCAGAACUUCGUCAAGAAGCUGAGUUACAAAGACGUUUAAAACAUCACAAUAUUGCCACUUUAUAUGGAAUCAGAAAUACUCCUACAUUCACAUUCAUGUUUAUGGAAUUAUUGCCUGGUGGCGAAUUGUUUGAGCGUAUUCCCAUUGGUAUAGGAUUACAUGUUCAACAAAUGUUUAUAUACUAUGCACAGAUUUUAGAUGCAUUAAAUUACCUUCAUAAUGAUCAACAAAUAGCACAUUUAGAUGUGAAACCGGAGAAUAUUAUGCUCACAAAGAAGGAUAGAGCUAAACUAAUUGAUUUUGGAUGGGCUGUAGAUCUGCGAAAACAGAAACUUAUUCAAGGAGCAGUUGGAACAACAAGUUAUGCUGCGCCUGAAGUUUUUGGAAAAAAUCCCUACUUUGGACCACCUGCUGAUCUAUUCUCACUUGGUGUUACACUUCUCACAGCUGUCACUGGUCAACGUUGUUGGUCACGUGCCAGUUAUACAUCUGAUCCUGUAUAUCGCCAGUGGACCGAACAUAAAGAUUUGCACACAGGUCCUGUGUUUUCCCGACUUCCUCCUGACUUAGCCAACUUUCUCACACGAGCCUUGGCUCAUCGUCCUUCUGAUCGUCUUACUAUUGAAUCCAUUAAAAACCAUCCUUGGUAUCGCCUUGGUCUUGCCCGACGUCUAACUCCUGUCGCGUCACCGCGAAGCAGACAAGACUCAGGUGUAUCUGUAAAUACUGUCGUACCAAACAGCGACCGUACCAACACCUCACGCAGCGCUUAUCAAGGAGAUGCACCAGUACCUUCAUCUCAGCCUACGCCAGUUUGUCAUGCUCAAUUAGAUUCUAUUAUAAAUGAUCUUCACUUAUCUCAACCGGCUGAUACUGACAGUAUGCUAAUGGCGUCUCAGAUGGUUGGAGAUAUUGAUUACGUUAAGGAUCGGCUUGGUUUUUCCUGUCUUAUGCGCCGUAUGACUCGAUUCUUUUCAGCACUCUCCUCAGUAGAACAUACAAUGGAGGUUAUUCGAGCUGUCGUUGUUCAAAGGAGACAUCUGCGGGCAACAAUCAAAGGAUCAAAUAACCUACUUGUGGAUAUCAAAACUCCAGAGCAUCCAGGAACUGCUUUUCGAGUAUUGUUAUAUCCAUUAGCUGGUUCAAUUCUUGUGGAUUGUCGUCGUGUUUCAGGUGAUGGUUUAUUGUUUCAUCAAACCUAUGCUGCAAUCUAUACAGAUCUCUCAGCUAUGGGUGCAGUAAAUAUAACACAUCCUUACUUACAUAUUCUGUUACCUGAAAGGCCUACAACGGAGCCUAAUAAUUCAAAUUUAAAUGACGGUACGUGCAUUCCUGAAAAUUCUCCAGUAGUUUACGGUGAAUUAACUCCAGUAGCAAUGGAGACAUAGAUUUCUUUCGAUAACAACUUAUUUUUUAAUAGAUCUUUCACUUAUCGUGAGAUUUUGUGUGAAUAUUUUUGCUAUAAUUUACUUUGAAACUUAUAAUGAUUUCUUUAAGUUAGUUCAGAUUUUGUCCUCAAGUAACUUGUUCCCCC